CCGCCGCGGGGCUGGAGCCUCGGUUCGGCCCGCCUGGAGCCGCGGCUGCUGCUCCCGCUCUCGGCGGCGGAGCCCUCCUCAGGGAGGCGGCCGGCGGGGUCUGCGGGGGAGCAGCUCCCAGGCUGAUGCUGCUGCCGGCCUGGGAAAUGUGUCUCUAUGGGGUCCUCACCGUGGGCUCUCACCUCUAUGCUUUCUACGAAGCACACCAAGUGUCUCAAAAGUAUGAAGCUGCGAUGGACAGAAGGUUUGGGCUGGAACCAGGGACUCUCUUCCGGGGCCUCAAAAAGGACCCCAUGGACUUUGAGUGGAGCUACUGGAUCGAAUGGGGAAGGGAACGUAUACUGUGGCUUCUGGCUGGUCACCUGCUGGUAUCACAAGUGUCCAGGCUCUUGGUGGAGAAGUAUAAACCAUGGUGCUUGAUGGUUUAUGGAAUGGCUGCCUGCUGGUUGUUACUGGGAGUCAAGGGCUUUGCUGUCAUUUUGUUACAUGCAACUAUUUCAUUUGCUGUGGCUCAGUUUCAGCUGUCGCUCCUGACAUGGUUGUGCUCCCUUAUCCUGCUAUCCACUUUACGCAUACCAGCUGUGGAAGAAGCCAAGAGAAAGUGGUACGACACUGAAAAUGAGUAUUAUCUGCUGCUGUUCACUGUGUCUGUCCGCUGCCUCUUCUGCACUAGCUUCAGCCUGGAGUACUGCUGGCAUGGACCUGCCCAGAAGUCAUCCUACUCAUUCCUGUGGAUGCUGGCAUACGUGUUUUAUUAUCCCAUGUUCCACAACGGACCCCUUAUGAAUUUUGAUGAAUUCAGUAAGCAGAUGAGGAGACAAGAAGCCUUCAGUUUGAAGACCAAUCUCAGCAUCUUAAUUGUGGGCAUAAUUCGUAUUUUCUUCUGGUGGUGCCUGGCUGAGCUGAUGAUUCACCUCAUGUAUAUCCAUGCUCUCUACAGCAGUGCUCUACCUUUGGAAGCUGCAUCAUACUGGGCCUUGGGUGGCCUGGCUUUAGCUCAAGUACUGUUUUUUUAUGUGAAAUACCUGGUUCUGUACGGUGUUCCUGCCCUCCUCCUUCAAAUGGAUGGACUCAAACCUCCAGCUCUGCCUUGCUGUGUGAGCCUGAUGCACAGUUUCACUAAAAUGUGGAGAAGUUUUGAUGUUGGGCUACAUCACUUUCUGGUCAGGUACAUUUAUGUUCCGAUGGGAGGAUCUCGGUCCAGUCUGCUGGGAAUGCUCUUUUCCACAGCCCUCACUUUUGCCUUUGUAAGCUAUUGGCACGGAGGACAGAGUUACCUGUGGUACUGGGGCGCACUUAAUUGGCUUGGAGUAAUUGUGGAAAAUGGCGUCAAGAGGAUACUUUCUAUUUCACUUAUUCAAGAUUUAAUUGAGCGUUUCUUCUCGCCAAGAAUUCGUCGUCGACUUCAUGCUGUCCUAGCAUCUGUUAGCACUUCAAUGCUGAUUUUAUCAAAUCUAAUAUUUCUUGGAGGAAAUCACGUUGGAAAAAUCUACUGGAACAGGAUCUUUAUGGAAGGCUGGCCGUGGGCAACACUGACUGUUCUCGGGUUCCUGUACUGCUAUUCUCACGUUGGAAUUGAAUGGGAGCAAACGUAUGCUGUGAAUUAGGAAUGACGCAAAACAAUGAUUUUUAAGACAGGUUGAUGGCUUUUCUACACUGGAUAUCCUGUCUGCAGAAGGAUGUGCCAGACCAAGUCUUUGGUCAAUGUGUUAAAACCAAAAGCUCAUUUAAUUGAUUCUGGAUCGUGAAUGCAGGAAUUGAACCAGAAACACUGAUGUGCUACAGCCGGGGGUGGGGAGAAAUUAUGAAGCAUUUUGAAUUAUGUUAUUUUUAUAAAACAGCAUCUCUGUGACUCUAUGUACAUUGGAAGCAUGCAUCUCAGAAUAGGUAUUUUAUAUAUGUUGAAGAUUGUUUUUGUUUCCUCCAAUGUUUUGUUGCCUAUUUUGAGAUAUUGAAGAAAAAAAAUUUUUCCUGCCUUGCAGAAUUCAAAAAGCCCAAUCUCUCACAGCCUCUGUCCAGGGGCACACAGGGCUGUGCCCUGCGCUUACGCUACUCUGUGAAGGGCAUGAUGCUCAUCAGUUCUUCUUGAUUGCUUUCUGAUACAAGUUAGAACGUUUUUGCUAUUCUCACUGACUGCAGUAGUUCAGCCUUAAGCUACUUUUCUACCUACCUACUGUAGCAAAGUCUGCUUUUUCUCUUUAAUGUCUUCAUUUAAAAUUUCACCUUUAAAACACACCCUUUUUUUGGUAGUCUUAGGAAUGGUUUUAUUUGUUUCUUUAAAAAGAGGGAAUAGGGAGGCAGGUCUUUUCUUAAGGAACAGCUUUUCUUUUUAAUCAAAUAUGACCUUACAGUUCCUUGGGCUUUAAGUGCUCUCUGCCUUGUGUUAGAGCUGAAGCAUAUAAUAUUACCUUUAUUAUGGGGCGAAUCCCACCUUCAAGGGAACUGUUCAGUCUGCCUCUUGAAUUUUUCUGUUAUGAAAGGAGAUAACCCAGGUCUGGCUGAAUGGUAAAUCUGUUUCGUCUGCUUCACUCUCUGAUGUCCAGGCAAUCAGGCCCUGCAAUAUUAAAGACACCCUAGGAGCAGCAUUUUAAGACCUUUAAAAAAAACCCAGAAUGGUCCAAUACGGUGGCACCAAAUUAGCCAGGGCUCCACAUCCUUUGCCCACAGCCAGACCUGUUACAGCAGCAUCUGUGCCAGAAGACUGGGUCGCCCAGAGCUGCGAAGGUCCUGCCUGCCUGCCUGCCUGCCUGCAAGCGUCGGGGCUGCCAGAGUGCUUCAGCAUGCGCUGUUUUCUGAGGGAAGGGGAGACCCUACUCCCAUGUCUCCCAAGCUGUUAUUUUUUAAACUGGUAUUGAAGAGCAGCCAGAAGACCUUUAGUCUUUCUGAAGUUAGACAUUCCCCCUAGGCCUGGCAGAAGGCCACCAGUCCUGGAGAGGGCUUCUUCCAAGAGCAGCUUCCUGCACUCAAAGCAGAAGGACUCCUGUCAAAACUUGUUCCGUACCCCCUGGCAGCCAUUUCAGCCUGUUGGGAGGCACAGUUAGCAUCCUACUGUCCAUCACUCCUGCAGCUUCAGCCAAGUCUGAUAUAGCUUAUCCCUUCAACAAGAAAUUCAGUCCCUGAGAUAGGCUUCAGCUUAGUGCCUGCAUUUCUGAUGUCUCUGCUGCUCACAACUAUGGCAGCCUUCUUUUUCCCCUUCAUUUAUUCCUGAAGAAAUAAAGGCAGAGGCUUCAGCUCUCUACCCAUCCGGAGACGAAGCCCAUCUCUUGCUGUUUCAAAGCAGAAGCUCCAGCCCUUUAUGUUUAGGGAGAGAUUUCCCCCCCCAUGAGAAUGCUGUGAUUUCCCCGGAAGUAAUUUCUAGGAGAUACCGUUGACUGUUGAAAAUCUAAGACUUACCUUGAAUGCUGCCUGGCCAGAGGCAUGGCCCUCCUGAUUGAUUUAUGAUGAUUUCAGGGAUCCUCUCGGCCACAAAGAAGUAUAUUGCUCUCAGCCUCUGAAUUUACUAAAAGGAUCUGAGAUUGGCCUCCAUUUUGGAGUAGAACUGCGCUAAGGGCAAGAACUUUCUCAAACUUAACUGAAACGUAAUUAAGGGGAGUUAGGAUUGGAGCUAAACGUCAUGAGUCUGUUCUUCAGUCUUAUUGAUUACCGUUAUGAAAUGAGGGGCUACUAAGUGAUUAGAUUCCAAUUUGUGUGCAUGCAAAACGUCCUACUCCAAUAUGGAAAUGACCUUGAAGGUCAUCUAGAGUAUGCUUAUUUCUGAACUAAAAUUGUUUUAUAUUUUUUUUUCAGUGCUUUAUAUAUCUUUCAUAAUUUUGUAUCCUUUUCUGUUUCUAUAAAUAAAGCUGAAACUGACUGUCGGCUUGAGAACUGUGUCUUAGAAAGCUACAGUUUGGUGUAGGAAAACUAAGUGCUCCACUGCUGUGAAGAAACACUGCCAUGCACUGGAAGCCUGCAGGAUGGGUGCAAUGCAGACUGGUCACUUUUAUCCCUCUUGUGCACUGCCUGGAACAUGCAGUCCCUAAUGGUGUGAGUUUAAACAGCAAAUACACCUUUUGUAGAUCAGUUAAGG